AUGGAUCAUCAUCAUUGUGUGCAGUGUAGCAAUUUUAUGAAGGAGAAAAAAAAGGAUGGAAGGAGUUCCCAUUUGGAAAAGCUCCCUAUCGAUGUUAACGGUGAGAAGUUCCGCCAGGAUUUUAAGGGUUACUUGAGGAAUGUGAACCAAUCCUUUCUGCACUCGCGCCAUGAAGUGUUUUCCGCAUGUAACUGGAGCAAUUUGAAAAGGGUCCUAGCCGAUUACGGGUCCAGCGAUGUUGUAAAAUCGUUCAAUGCGAGAUUGGCUUGUGCACGCAGUUUUAGGCUGGAGUUGACAGAGAGUUAUAAGAUGCACAAGGAGGAUCAGUACAUGGAAAGCACUUUGGAGAGGGAGAAUCACAUAAGACAGAGAAAAUUAAAAGAGAGGCAUUACGAGCAGAUGGAGAAGCAGAUGUUUGUGCGGAACCAGAGGGAAUAUAGGGACUUGGAAAGGAAAGAGCUGCAAAACAAGCACGAAGCGGAGAAACAAAAAAUGCAGGACUUGGUGAAGAGCAUGAUCCACGCCGCGUUCAAGAUGGAGCAAAUGGAAACCACCUACGGAGAUUCCUAUUUUUACAAUACUUUGUUUUCCUUGGAGAAAUCUUUUUUCAUGAGGCAAAUAAAAAAUAUGAGUGAGCUUGCCCAAAACAACACCCGCAUGAAUGAGCUAACAGCGGCGAGCACACCAAUGGGCGUUUUUGAAGAAGGGGGAAAAAAAGAGGGAAAAAAAGGGGAGAAGGAGCAAAAAAUGGAGAGAGGAACAGCUGGAGACAAGUCUACAGAAUCGGUCCUUCAGGGCUCGACUAACGAGCUGAAUUUUCUGAAAUGCCAAGGCAUCGUGGACAGUUUUUUCCACUUGGAUCUGCGAAACGUUUCAGGAACAAAACUCAGCACAGGAAAACGUGCAUACUCGCACAUGUUGGCAUAUUUAGCUAACCAAGGAGAAAUGUCUGGAGUGAACAGGAAAGAACUCCAUUCAGAACAUCCGAACAUACGUUAUGGAAAGCGCUACUCCAAUUAUAGAGAAAAAAUGUUAGAGGGUCUUCCACAGGUCGAUUGGAAUUAUGUAAAGGAGAAAAUGGGGGAUAAACAUUUUUCCAUUUUGCCAAUGGACAUUGUUGAAGAAAAAGUUAAAGAAUUGCCCCUAUUGAAAAGUUUACUUUUGAAAUUGUUUAAAAAAAGCCCAAGGGAGAGUUAUUUCUGGGGGAAGUACAAAUUGCCCCUAAAAAUUGCAAUAACGGGAAAAAUCAAAAAAGACGCCGAAAGGUUAGCAGAAAAACUAAGUAGGACAUUCCCCCUAAAGGUAUACGAUGUUGAUAAAAUCGAAGAGGACGUCCAAAGGAUCUGUACCGGGGGGAGUAAUCACGAUGACCCAAGCGAGGAGAUAACUACACACACACAAAAGAACAAACAGAGAAUCGCCAGGAAGAUAAAAAGGAUUGCUCAAACAUUAAGAAAAAAGAAUUAUGAAGAAAAAAACAGGGACAGUCUCUACGCCGAUUUGUUGUACUACAUCAUAAAGUACGACUACGACCUCUUUCAUGUGAGCAAAAGGGGAAGGAAGAGAAAAGGUUUAGUGGAAGUCUCCCCAAACGAAGAAACAGAAAACUCAAAAAGGAAAAAGUAUAGAGGAUACAUCAUUAUCAACUUUUUUUAUUCUUUAAAACAGUACGUCCUGUUUGAACUCAAAGCGAAGAAGUUUUUUAUUUACAACGAUUUCUUACAUGAACAUGUUCAUAAUUUAAAAAGGAGGAAAAUACCACGUGAGCAUAACGUACCCCAUAUAAAUCAACCGGAGCUGGAAAGAAAAAAAGGAGACUCAAAGAAAGGAGUGAAUUAUGCUUGUAGAAAAACAUCACCAAAGGAAAAGAACAAACAUAGUGGUGAAAAAAAACAAAAUGGUAAAGUCGGCACAGAGGUGAGUACCCUCCCCAAUGAUAGCGAUGUACAGAAGGAAGAAGAAGCCACAACAGAACAGAUUCGAACUCACCACAUGGAAAAAGAAAACAUUUUAUUCUUCUCCAACUUUAUUUGCAACAUUGAUGAUUCGAAUAGCGUCAAGGGAAGGCACCACUUUUCCGGGGCGACAGAUUUACACUUCCAUGUCGAUAGGAGCAAUAAGGAGAUGAAUAGAAUUCUAUUUGGGCGUAUCACCAAGGGUGAAGAAAUAGACAAGGCUGUUCGUGAAGAGAUAGACAAGGCUGUUCGUGAAGAGAACAAGAGUGGAUACAUGGAUGGAAGCUUCUCUCCAAAGAUAAGUCCUGUAUUCGUAAAACUGAAAAGAAUCAACACUGCUACUGGGUUCAGAAGGGAAAGCGACACAGAAAUUGGAAACUCACAAAGUGUUAAAAAGAGAAAAAAACAUACAAUGAAGUGCAGAAUUGUAAGUGCAAAAAAGGUUAGUAAAAAGGGAAAAGACGAAAAAGAUACCAAGUGCAUCUAUUCGGAUAAUCAAACUGUCGAUCCUGAUGAGGAAAAAUUCCGCUCCAACUUACAUUUAAUGAGAGGCAUUUUCCAGAUGGAUCGAAACUGCCAAGAGGUAGAGGCAUUCCUAAAAGCCUACGAGGGGGGGUCCACAUAUCCACGGUUUAAUCUGCUGAGGAGGCACCAGUACAAGUCGGUGUGUCUUUUGGUUUCGAAGAUUUUGCACAGUGGGCGGGGAAGACAGAUGAGAAUGCGAAGAGGAGGGGAAGUGAGUGACUUCGGGGGUGGAAUAAGUGAAGAAGAUGCCAAAAUGGACAGCAACUUUGGUACUAAAAGAGGCUCCCAUCCCGGAGGAGACCCCAUCCCUCGCAGAAUUGAUAGUCACAUGGCCACCUACUUCAAACUGCGCUACUGUAACAUCAUCAAGGAGUACGUAUGCCACCUGUUCAAUCUCUUCGUAUGGAAAGAAAAUCUAAAAAAAAACGUAGAACAAACCAUCCAACACAUACAUAGAAAUAUGCACAUGUUCACAGAUAACGUAAACUUUGAAUCCAUUAACGAAAUAAUCCAAUCUUACAACCGGUUGAGAGCAUCUGGCAUCAAAAACAAAAAAGUGGAGCUAGUGCUGUGUAAGGAAAUAAACACCAUUAUGAUAAAAACAUGGCUACACAUCUUGAAGGGGAAAAAUGAUUCCAGACAAAAGGAGAAAGUGUGCAUACAAAAAUGGAUAGACAUGCAGAUGUUCCUCUUGAUCUUUUUCUCCUUCUACUUGAUCAGCAUAGAACAUGAGUUGUAUCUUAAGAUGUCUCAUUUUGUAAAUGAAAUGGUAUAUUGCCUGCUGAGUCAGGAGGAGGGGUCGGCAUCCAAAAAUGAGAAAGAGAAACAUUUUCUCAUUUUUAAUUAUUUUCCGAAAAGUAAAAAAGAUUUUUAUACAUUCGAGGGAGACAAUUAUCACUUCCCGUUUGUGCAAAAUGUUCGGGAGGAUGUUCGCAAAUUUUUAACGGAGCAUUUGAACGGAAGAAGUUCGAACAAGGCACGAAGUGAUGAGUCCAGUGACCACGACAGUCUCUUCCACACAGAACACGAAAAAAAUAUCUUCCGUUUGGCUAAAGAGUUCCAUUUCUUAAGCACCUGCAAAUUUGUUUACAAAUUUAAUUGCCUUCUCAACGAAACGGUGUCUACUCUCAGAGCGUACUUUUUCAUUUUUCACGACCUUAAAAAUUACGUAAACGAUUUCAUCACCUUGCACUACUUCAUAAUCUACAAACAGGUGAACCUCGCUUGCGCACGCGUAAAGAGGGCCAUCGAAAGUGAUAGGCAUAUCAAUUUUUUCUACGCAGGAAGGAUUCGAAAAAGAAAAGAAAAAAGACGCCUUCGGGAUGGGAAUGGAAAAAGGAGCGAAUGGAAGAAACCCUCGUCUGGCUUGGUCCAACCUAGGAAGGGGGACACCUCGGUGAACACUGCAUGCAAAUCUUCCAGGAGGAGAAGAAGAAAAAAAAAAUGCAAUAUUAAAAAUGAGGAGCAUCCCUUUUUUAACAUCACCGAAAUGAAACAGUCUUUCAGAAAUAACAUAACUUUUACUUUUUUAAAAAAUAUUAGGAGUUACAUCUUUCUUGAACACCACUCCGUUAUUAUAUCCAGAGGGGAUCUGCAAAAUGCUAUCACGAAGAGUCUCCUUUUUGUAAAAGAUAAAACAGAACAAGUGAAUAUUUCCACCUUUAUUGGUGGUACUAUGCUAGACGCCUACUUCAAAGAGCGCAGUGUAUCUCCCCAGCCGUUCCUUCUACGAGAAAGUCGGAAAAAUUAUGAUAAUGAUUCUCCGUCAUGUGUCUUUCCUGAUACGGAAGGAAAACAGAACAGAUAUGUUUUUUUUCCAGACUUUUUUUUCUUUCUUCUUUUUUUUUUCUUCAAAAAGGAGGGCCAUCAUAAUUAUAUUCACAAGAUUUUCCAGAAUUAUUUUAACGUCUUGGAGGAGAAGAUGACAUCCAAGGGAGAACUCAGUGGGAGCAAAAGGCUGGAGGUGCUGAGGGGAUGCCUUCCCCUUUGGACAAGCUUGACUGAUGUGGACAGCCCGCAUAAGGGAGGUAGUUUGAUUGAACAGGGGGUGACAGGUCGGGCCGAAAAGAGUGAAGAGAAAUAUGACUCGGAAGACGCCAAGAAUAUUUUCUCAGAGGAUGCAGCUAAACACUCAGCUAGCCAAAAUUGCGCAGAAAAAGAUCACCUGAACAACACACAAAAAAAAAAAAAAAAAUUCGAAGAAAGCAUAGACUAUUUCACAUUUGAACAAUUUGCCGCCUUGGGAUUAUUUGAUUUCGCGAAGGACACACAAAAAAAACUCACAAAGGAAGAAAGAAAAAAGGAAAACUACGAAAUUCAUCUGCUGAAUAAAUUUGUUUUUAAUUUUUUAUAUUCGCUUAGUUUAUUUCCUAAUUUUUACGAACAUGUCAAAAUUUAUGUAAGAAAAUAUUUGUUGAAAAAAAAUACAGAAAUGGUCUCCUCUUUUGAAAAGUGUGUGAUGGAGAGAAUGAAAAGUACAGAGGGGAGGGGGGGGUCUGUCCACAUCGCCCCUGCGCAGACAUGGGGGAAGGAAAUACAACAUUUGAGAAAGGGGCAAGACAAUUCUACGACGCUGUUUAAUACAAAAAAAAAAAAGGUGCGGGUAAAGGAAAUACUCAUUUUUUUUCACACCAGCUAUCAGUAUGAUAGUUAA